AUGUUCACUCUGAUUUUAUUCUUCUUGCUCUUGAACAAUCCAGUUCAUGUGGCUGGUUUUAAUUAUCCCACCUGCUCUUGGAGAAUAAAGCAGAAUAGAGGCAAGGGUGGAAACUCAGAAACUGACUGUAUCUUCUUGAUUCUACCAGUAAAAGGGCCUGUGGAGAAAGACGAUUUCAAGCCUCUUUUGAAUACACAAACACUCACUGAAAACCACAAGCAUGCUCUAGUCUUGGCUUUUUCCGUAAAUGAAAUCAACAGGAACCCGGAUCUUUUGCCAAAUAUGUCUCUAACAAUGGAUAUACCAAGUUGUAACUGGACAUCCAAAUUUAGAAAUACCAUUUAUGAUAGUUUACAUAAUUAUAAAAUUCUCCCUAAUUAUUCCUGUCAGGAUAACCUCCUGUGUGUAGUGGCACUUACAGGAGGAAACUGGGCAACAACUCUGUUACUUUAUACAGUCUUAAGCUACUUCAUAUAUCAGCAGUUCUUUCUUCUGACUUAUCGACCUUUCCAUCCUGCCCUGCAUGAUCAUGAAAACUUUCCCUAUCUAUAUCAGAUGUCCUCUGAUGAUACAUCUCUAGCCCUUGCCCUGGUGUCUUUUAUAAUACAUUUCAGUUGGAACUGGAUAGGGUUGGCCAUCUCAGACAAUGAACAAAGUACCCAUUUUCUCUCAUAUUUGAAAAGAGGGAUGGAAAGAAAUACAGUCUGCUUUGCUUUUGUCAGCAUGAUUCCAGUCGAUAUGGAUUUAUACAUGUCAAGAGCUGAAGUGUAUUACAACCAAAUUGUGACAUCAUCUACAAAUGUUGUUAUCAUUUAUGGUGACACAGGUGGUACUUUAGCUGUGAGUUUUAGAAUGUGGGAAUCUCUAGGUUUACAGAAAUUAUGGAUCACCACCACACGGUGGGAUGUCACUCCUAGUAAGAAAGACAAUUUAUAUGGGUUAUUUGCUUUUGGACACCACCAUGGUGAGAUUCCUGGUUUUAAAAAUUUUGUCCAGACAUUGAACCCUGUCACAUCCUCAGAUGAAAAUCUGGCAAAGCUGGAGUGGAUGUACUUUAACUGUGAAGUCUCAGCAUCUAAAUGUAAGGCACUCAAGAACUGUUCAUCUAAUCACUCACUGGAAUGGCUAAUGGCGCAUACUUUUGAAAUGACCUUUACUGAAGGAAGUUAUGACAUAUACAAUGCUGUGUAUGCUGCUGCCCAUGUAUUUCAUGAGAUUAAUUUGCAAAUCUUUCAUAAUCCGCCCAUUGCCAAAGGGAAAGUACAAAAUUAUGUCUGCAAUAAGCUGGGUUCCUCUUUGAGAAAGAUCCACUUCACUAAUCCUGUUGGAGACAGAAUAAAUAUGAAUCAAAGAGACAAACAGCAAGAAAUAUAUGACAUUUUCUACAUUUGGAAUUUUCCACAGGGACUUGAAUUUAAAGUGAAAAUAGGACUAUUUAGUCCCUAUUUUAUAAAUGGUCAACAGUUACAUUUAUCUGGAGAUAUGAUAGAGUGGGCAAGAGGAAGUACACAGAUGCCGACCUCUGUGUGCAGUUCUGAUUGUGGUCCAGGAUUUAGAAAAUUCAGGAAGAAGGAAAUGUCAGCCUGCUGUUUUGAUUGCAAUCCCUGCCCAGAAAAUGAAAUUUCUAAUGAGACAAAUGUGGAGAUGUGUAUCCUGUGCCCAGAGGACCAAUAUGCCAACACAGGGCAGAAUCACUGCAUUCAAAAAGCUCUUAUCUUUCUCACUUAUGAAGACCCCCUAGGGAGGGUACUUUCUUUAAUGGCCUUGGGCUUCUCUGCAUUCACAGCUCUGGUUCUUGGCAUCUUUCUGAAGCACCACCAUACUCCCAUUGUUAAGGCCAAUAACAGCACUCUUACCUACAUCUUGCUCAUCUCCCUCAUUUUUUGUUUCCUUUGCCCCUUGCUCUUCAUUGGCCUUCCAGACUUGGCCACAUGCAUCCUGCAGCAAAUCACAUUUGGAGUUGUAUUCACAGUGGCUAUUUCCACAGUGUUAGCCAAAACAAUUACUGUCAUUCUGGCAUUCAAAGUCACAGCCCCUCAAAGAAUGAUGAAAUAUUUUCUUGUUUCACGAGUACCUAACUACAUCAUUCCCAUCUGUACUCUCCUUGAACUUCUUGUCUGUGCAGUCUGGUUAGGAGCUUUUCCUCCUUCUGUGGACAUUGAUGAUCAAUCAGAGCAUGGUCACAUCAUCAUUAUUUGCAACAAGGGUUCAGUCACUGCUUUUUACUGUGUUCUGGGAUACCUGGCCUGCCUGGCCUUUGUGAGCUUUACAUUGGCUUUCCUUUCCAGAAACCUGCCUAGCACCUUCAAUGAAUCCAAGUCUAUAACAUUCAGCAUGCUGGUGGUCUGCAGUGUCUGGGUCACUUUCCUCCCUGUUUACCAUAGCACCAAAGGCAAGGUCAUGGUGGCUGUUGAGAUCUUUUCCAUUUUGGCUUCCAGUUCAGGGAUGCUGCUUUGCAUCUUUGUUCCCAAAUGUUACAUAAUACUGUUUAGACCAGACAGAAAUUCCUUUCAAAUGAUCAGGGAGAAAUCAUCUUCCCAUACUCACAUUUCCUAA